GCCAAAUGGUUGCAGUUGUUCGCAUGGCUUACCUUUGACAGUUUACGUAAUGCUAUGUUCUGCACCAUAUGCCAGAAACACAAAAAGAAAAACAAUUUUGUAUAUCCCGGGGCCUCCAACUUCAGAAAGUCCAGUUUAGUAGACCAUGCAAGUUCCAAUGAUCAUGUUCAAGCCUUAAAGUCUGAUGAAGCAGCCAAAUACAACAAACUUAAGACGAUGGUAGAGAAGGUUUACGAGAAAACAGAUGAUGCCAUGACAACACUGUUUAGAAAUGCUUACUACAUUGCCAAAGAAAACUUACCAAUCGACAAGUACCAGUCCAUGAAUGUGCUGUCCAAGAUGAAUGGGGCACCUAUAACAACGACAAUGUACCAAGAAGAUACGGCUUGCUCUGAAUUCAUCAAAAUUAUUUCAUCCCAGAUUGAGCAGACAGUUUUGCAAGAUGUAAAAGACAGUCCAGCGUUCUCCAUAAUGAUAGACGAGUCCACUGACCUAUCUACACAGAAACACUUAAUAUUGUAUCUCAGCUAUUUGAAAGAUGCCAAACUUACCAUCACCUACUCAAAACUGAUAAACCUGAAUGCCUGCGACAGUGUAGCCAUAACCAGCCAACUUAUAGCCUACCUACAAGCAAAUGAUGUUGACCUUUCUAAGAUGUACGGCAUGGGAUCCGAUGGUGCAGCUGUCAUGAUCGGUAAACACACAGGUGUAUCCCAGCUCCUAAAAGAGAACAGUCCAUAUCUGAUAGAGAUGCAUUGUGUUGCUCAUCGACUAGCACUAGCAUGUGUAGACCUAUCCAAAGAGAUCCCAGAAAUAAAGUUUGUUGAGAGCAUCAUCAAAACAGUAUACACCUAUUUUAAGAGGUCACCUUCCAACCUGUCUGAGCUCCGUACCUGGCAAACCAUACUAGAUGAUCCACAGCUGAAUCCACUAGAUGUACACAAAGUCAGAUGGUUGUCCAUGGGCCAUGCAUUAGACAACUUGAGAAGAUCCCUAGUUUCCAUCGUCCAUAUGGUAUCAGACCAAGGUGACAGUGAUAUUGUUGCCAGUUCCAUGGUCCAUCACAUGAAAUCAUACAAGUUCCUGUUCCUGCUCCACUUCCUGAGUGACAUCUUCAGCAAGAUUAACAUCCUUAGUAAGGCACUACAACAGAGAGAGCUGUCUUACAGCACUGUCCGACUGCAAGUUGACGGGUUCCUGACUGCCUUAUCAGCCGAGUACCUCACUGAUGAACCAUCUUUUGGGCCACUUCUCUGCCAGUUCAUCCUAACAACAAGUGAACAAGAGAACUUCAAAGGUAUCGACUUCAGCCGCUCACCAAGAGAUACCACCCUUCCUGACAAAGUUGUCCAUCUGGUAUCAACUCUUACUGAUAACAUAAAAGACAGAUUUCCAGACUCUAAGAUUUUUAAAGCCUUUCUUAUAUUUGAACCAGCCUCAUUUCCAGUCAACAUUUCAGACUUACCCAACUACGGUACCAGUCAACUGUCCACACUGACUAGCCAUUACACCAAUUUCGACGAAGACUCCACCUUACAAGAAUGGAGUACUAUCAAGUAUAUCAUUUUCAACAACUUUAGACAUCUGAGCCCUGCUGAGCUACUAACAGAAGUGACUCCAAUGAAAGAACAAUUCGUUAACAUUGUGAACUUAAUUGAGAUCGCCAGUGUCCUACCAGUUUCUAGUGUAGAGUGUGAGCGUGGGUUUUCUAGGCAAAACCUCAUAAAGACAAAGCUCCGAUGCAAGACCAGCACCAACACUUUAGAUCAGCUGAUGCGCAUAGGAUUAGUGGGUGUUCCUGUAGAAGACUUUGACCCAAAACCAGCACUCCGUCAAUGGCAGUCUAACCGUCAAAGACAAGUAUACCAAAGUAAUAAACAGAAUGCUUUCUCAAAGCUUAUGAACAUUAGAUAG